UCGGUGCAGAGGAGAAAGAUGGCUGCCGCGCGCUGGACGCCCCCGUACGAGAUCUCCACCGCGGCCGCACAAGACCGACACUGAUGCCACGCGAGAUUGCCGCCGCCCCCGGACGACGAGACGUCCUCGCGAACAAGCUGAGCUCCUUGUGAGAUUCCUUUUUACGAUUGGAGAACAUGGCUUUGAUGACAUUCCUGGGGAAGUUCCGGCAGAUGCCUGCCAUGUGCCAUGAGCGCCUUGCCGAUGGUCUUGGAGCAGUACAUGAGGCAGAGCGUGACCGGAAUGCCAAGAAGAAGACGAGCGCCAUGGGGACGGCGGCGCGUACAGCUCGCCCAGCACCACCGCCAUUGUCAUAUAUCCCGCGGGUACCACUGCAGGAUUCCCGUGCCGUCGGCAUCAUCAUGGCGGUCUACAUCCUCCGGCGGGAUUUCAACCAGCAGCGCGGCGGCUGGGCCGAGAUCAACGGCUCUGGAGAGCAGAUCGGGGAGCGCAUCCUCUCGUCCGCGCGCCCCCCCCCCCCCCCCCUCCCCCCCCCGACCGAGCGGCCGUGAAGAGACGAGGAGAUCGAUCGAUCCAGAGUUCCAGAAUUAUUCGAGGCCAUUGUUGUCCAGGAAUAUCUGACGUGUGGGGCCCAGGUCAAAAAAUGGCCGAAAAAUAAACAAAAUGCUAUUUUGUCGACGAUUCAGAGAAAUGUGUGCUAUUUUGUCAAAGUAAAUGAAAGAUGUGCUUCUGGGACAAAGGACAAA